AUGGUGUUCAAGAGGAAGCUAGAUUGUCUAUCUGUUGGUUUUGAUUUCCCCAAUGUUCCCAGGGCUCCUCGUUCAUGCAGGAGGAAGGUCCUAAACAAGAGGACUGAUGAUGCGGAUCAGAUUUGUGCGAUUGACUUGCUCGCUCUGGCUGGAAAGCUGCUACAAGAAUCCGAGAGUUCGUCAGCGUCUUCCAAUGCAUUUGAAGAAAUUAAACAAGAACAAGAAGAUAAAUACAAGCCUUUCAAGUGCGAGUCUUCUGACAAAGGAAACUCUGUGUCAAGGCCUGCUUAUGAAAACACUAGUGAGAAGUGUGUGGUAAACAGUUUUUCAUUUCCGGAUAAUGACGACAUUUUGGAGCGAACUCCGAUGUCUGAUAACAAGAAGAUUCAUGGGUUGACGCCUGUAGGGUGUGAUGUUAAUGUGAAUACUGGGUUUCAACAAGGAGUAGCAACAGGCGGCUUGGGAGAUGGAGGCUUAAUCACUGAUACUUGCAACGUGGAGGAUGCAACUUCGUUAGGCGUUCAGUUUCCGAAAUCAGUCUGUGUGGAUGGUGAUCUGAAAUCGCCAUCUUACAUGGAUAUGACCCCUAAUGAUUCCUUUGCUAGACAUGGGAAUCAUACUAACCUAGGUAGAAGAGAUGAUGAUGAAAAAUUAUAUAGUUACCAUAAACUUAGCAAUAAAUUUAAGCCGUAUAGGUCUCCAACAAUUCGAAGAAUAAGAAAGUCGUUGUCGUCGAAAUACUGGAAACAAGUUCCCAAGGAUAUUGGACACAGUAGAGCUGAUGUUGGUGUGAAGGCACUUUAUCGCAAAAGAAAAUCAUGUUAUGGCUACAACGCAUGGCAACGUGAGACCAUUUAUAAGAGGAGAAAAUCAUCUGAAAGAAGCUCGGUUGUAACUUCUGAUGGAGGCCUCAGUAGUGGAAGUGUCUCCAAGUUACCCGAGAAGGGAGAUGCAGUAAAGCUAAGCAUCAAGUCCUUUAGGAUUCCAGAGCUUUUUAUUGAAGUUCCACAAACUGCAACAGUAGGAUCACUAAAGAGGACGGUGAUGGAGGCUGUCAGUGUUUUACUCAGCGGUGGAAUACGUGUUGGAGUGUUAGUACAGGGAAAGAAGGUUAGAGAUGACAGGAAAACUCUGUCACAGAGUGGGAUCUCAUGUGAAGAGAAUCUAAGCAACCUUGGGUUCACCUUGGAGCCUGGUCCCAGCAAAGUUCAUGUACCUUUGUGCUGUGAAGAUCCUGUCGUGCCAACCAACCCUGCAAAUUCGUCUGAACGGUCUGCGGCUUCUCCCAUGUUAGAGUCUGAAAUUCCCCAUGCAGAUGAUGUGAUUAAUCCAGGAAAUAUUGUGGACAAUAACCUCGAGUUAGUUCCAUAUCAGAGUGACAUGUCUGUUGAUGAACCUUCAUCAGAUUCAAGAGCACUUGUUCCGCUUCCAGCCUUGGCCUUGGAAGUUAAGGCGCUUGACAUAGCUCCGUUGAACCAGAAACCUAAGCGUACUGAGCUUGCCCAGCGCAGAACCAGGAGACCCUUCUCUGUGACAGAGGUAGAAGCUCUCGUACACGCAGUUGAGGAGCUUGGGACUGGAAGAUGGCGUGAUGUGAAAUUGCGUGCUUUUGAGAAUGCAGAUCAUCGAACCUAUGUGGACUUGAAGGACAAAUGGAAGACACUGGUUCACACUGCGAGUAUAUCACCGCAGCAACGAAGAGGAGAGCCGGUACCACAAGAACUCCUAGAUAGAGUCUUGAGGGCAUACGGGUAUUGGUCACAGCGCCAAGGAAAACAUCAGGCGAGAGGAGCACCCAAAGAUCCAGACAUGAAAAGAGGUGAAGCUCUUGGAUCAGGUGUUUCAGUGUAA